AUGGCCACCCCCUCCAUCCCUCAGUUGUCAACAAGCUCGGGAAUGAGGUUGUCAAAAGAGCAUUUCCUGGUCGCAUUGCCUGUGGCGGUAGUCGCAGCUGCAGGAGGCUUCCUGGUCAGCCGUUACCUGAGCGGGCGGAGCUGUAAAAAGGGCCUGGUGAACACCUGCAUCAACAAAGAUAGUCCCAAAGUGGUGCACAGCUUCGACAUGGAGGAUAUUGGCACCAAGGCUGUCUACUGCCGUUGCUGGAAGUCAAAGAAGUUCCCUUUUUGCGACGGCGCCCACAGCAAACAUAACGAGGAAACCGGCGACAACGUGGGACCGCUCAUCAUCAAGAAGAAGGACGCAUGA